AUAAGCAGUCACUUAUUGUUUUACGUAGCUUAAUAUAACAUUAUACAAAUAUAAGUUAAUUAUUUAUUUUACUUUAAAUAAAUUGCAUAAAUGUCUGAACAGAAGGAUAAGGCGGGUCUGACAAAGACCGAGAAGGAUUUUGUUCGCAAUACCUGGGAAUUGGUCAAACAGGAUGUGCCCGGUAAUGGUGCCGCACUAUUUCUCAGAUUCUUUGAUGAAAACCCGACUUACCAGGGUCUAUUUAAGGCGUUCAAAGAUGUACCAAAAGCUGAAUUGAGGGGUAAUAAGCGAUUCUUAGCUCACGUGACAAGUGUUAUGUACACCCUAUCGAUGAUUGUGGACAAUAUCGAUGAGACAGAAGUGUUGGUCGAGAUGUUGACCAAAAUGGCUGACAACCACUUAAGACACAAGACAUCGGUUGAGAUGUUUGCAAAUCUGAAGACAAUGGGCUACACAACGUUCUAUCAGAAUUUUCUGUCUAAGUAA